UUGCGGGACGUGCUGGGCGCCGUUUCUCUCUGAACUUUAAGAAAAAAAUUCCGCAAAGAUCGGGACUGGUUUACAAAGCGUUGAAAUUUUCUUCUAGAUUUUGUGACGUCAUCCACGAGAAUGCUUCUUUCCCUGCUCCCAUUAACUGUUGCUGCAUUGCUAUCGCCUGCUACUUCUGAUCAUUCAGACUACCCUGUAAGGACGACGACUAACUGGAACGUAACAAGUUUCAACCUUCCCGAUAAGGACAAAGUAGUCCUUGCAGCGAAGCGCAACCACUCCGGAACAACUUUUCGUGUCAGGGUGUUUCAUGAUGGAGAUGAUGUUUAUAAUGCAACAUGUAGUAUGGCAAUUAGUAGAUGGGAUGCUGUCAUCAUAUCAAGAGAGUGGAUUGCGCAGCCGAACUACUCUGAUAAAUGCAAAGGUGCUAACUUUCCUGAAACUCCGCAGAAGCCAAAAGGUCGCAACCUUCUUGUAACGAGCGAUGCCCCAAUGGACUGGCAGUUAUUUUCACUGCCCAUCAAUAAUAGUGAGAUCAGACGAACAUCUGGCGGGAGUGCUGUUUCUUUCGAUCUUCCAGCGAGAGAAGCCGUCUUCAUUCUGUAUCACCCGGAAGACAGAACCAAGUCACAUUUUGAAUUAUCUCUCUCCGUGAAUAAUGAGCUCAUUUACCUGCUCAAUUUCACCAGGAGACCCAAUUAUGAAUGGAAUACCGUUGCUAUAUAUGAAGAUUGGAUUAAUCCAAGACUCUCUAGUAUUCCUAAGUUCACCAUUCCCAUGGAAUCAAGAUCAUUACAAGGAAGGCGCAUCAAUGUGUCUAGUGAGGUUCCAAUCCAGUGGCAAAUGUUUUAUCUGCCACUAGAACCAGAAAACGAAGUCGGGAGCACAGCAGAAGGAGAAAUGGAAGAUUGUGCCUUUUUCUGUGUACUGACCAUCGUCACCAGCUGUCUGUACGUGCUGACGUUAAUUGCUGCAGCCCUGUACAUUUAUCACCUGAAGGCAUCGGCUACACGCUCUCAGGGUACAGACACUCAAGAGAGUCAGUCGGAAAUAGAACGAAAGAAAUCUGGAAAUUAUGAGGAACCCAUUGACGAAAACGCUGGAAAUAAUGAAGAUCCUGCAAACACGAAUGCUGGACAUUAUAUGGAGCACAUGCACAAAAGACAUGGAAACUUUCAGGAACCAGACUUCACGAACGGAGAAGACGAAGAAGAACACAUUUAUGAAGAAGUCGACACCAUGCAAGGACAGUAUUCCGCUAGCAUUGAACACCAGAUCUGCUACACACGUGCACCAAAGAUCACGCAGGUUGGACGAGGCCACCAGCGUACUGAAGUUGAUACAUUCGGAUACAUGAUUCCUGCGCACAAACCAGGCAACAGAGACCAACGCUUUUAAAACUAUGAUUUAGGGUGUCAUCAAUUUCCUUAAGACAAGCUGACUGAGAUGAAUUGAACUGAACUGAAUAUAAAAUUUACACCAAAGACCAAGCACUGAGACCAAUGAGGUCAUUAAAUGGGACAGACUGAUGUUAGCAAAUUGCAUUCUACUUUAUUUAGAUGGAAGAGAUUAUCAACAGAACUUUCCCACUAAACUUAGGGAGACUGUGACACUAACUGAACUUUCCCACGAAAGUAAACGAGGCUGUUUAUUAUUAACGGAAUUCAGAACCUAAAGGUUAUGCAAGUCCGAAGCAAUCAUAUAGGAGUUCGAAUAAUCAUAACAUUUCUCAAGCAGUGUAUAAACUCUAAUGAAAUGAAUAAUAAUAAAAAUAAUAAUAAUAAAUUAUUUCAUUGGUAAUGUCUAUUUCAACAUAAAAAAUGAACAUUAAUAAUAGGGCUUCCCAAAAUGUUUGAGUUAUGUAUUGUAAGUCCCUAAGGCUUACAUUCGUCUUUUUGCAGUUUUCCAAUAUGGUCUCCACUAUAAGAUAUUUUGUUAAAAACAAAGUAUUUUUUGUUCCAUAAUGGAAUAGCUUUAAUUUUCUUGCAGACUCAUUCCCUUGCAAGUAGAGGUUUGGUAAAAUAAAAAAUGCGUGAAUGAAUUUUGCAAGAACAUAUAAGUGACUUUCUCAGAGAGCAAUUAUCCAUUUUUUGCCGCUCUAUAAUUUCAAGGUACCAUUAUCUGAUGCUUCAAUUGUAAUCAUGUCUGUAAUAAGUUUCAAUAGGCUGUAUCUUCUAAUCGUGAUCUCUUUCAAUUUGGUGUCUUUAGAUUUAUUCACGCUUUUUUAAUGCAAUAUUUUAUGCGAUUAAUGCUCAAAUUUGAAGCUCUUAAAUUUAUAGUCUUACAUUUGGGGUUCAAAGAGUUACCGAUCUUUUCUAUACUCUAGGACUAUAUGACGAUUCCCACAACUUUGGAGGAUCAAACAAUACAUUAGUUAUGUGAGGUUGCAUUAAUGUUAUAUUAAUAUCAAAAGGUAUGAGAACUUGGCAGUGCCAAAUUCAUGUUCACUCCCAGUUAAGGCUGCAUAUUAGCUGUCAUUUAACAUUUUUAAGUUGCUUUACCAACCACUGUUAUUAUAUAAUAGAUAUCUAACGUAUUUACUAAAAAAAAUAACCAUUAUUUUUAAGCCAAAAUAUAUAAUAAUAAUAAUAGUAAUUUAGAUUUAACUAUUGUUAUUACUCCCCAAAAAUUGUUUAUUUCCAACGCACGUGUGAUUAUGUGCUGAUUUACAAUAUUACUGUUAUUAUUAUUAUUUUUGUAACCUACUAUAAUUAAUUAUACUGAUAUGUAUGUUUAUUACUACUGUUACUAAAAAAUACUCACAAUAUUCAAAAAUACGAAAAAAACCAGUGUACAGUUUUGUAAAUACAAGAAUUCAUUCAAAAAGUGAAUAUACUGAACUCUCGAGGCUGCACGAUUCUCCCUCACAAUCUAGAAUCUUAGAAGAAAAACUACUGGCGAAGUAAAAACAAAAACACGCGAUGCGGUUUACGAAAAUCGAAACCGGACGGUCGCAUGAACAAAGACUUCCUUUUUUGUAAACAACUUCGCUUGUGGCUUUGUUUUUACUCUUGGUGGAUUUUCCUCUUAUUCAGAUUGUAAAGAAGAAUCCUACAGAUUCUCGAAAGCUCUGUGUGUCUAUUCACUUUCAAAUAUAGACGUAGUUACAUAAUUGUUUUUUUUUUUUUUCAUUUUAAACUCAUGGGUAUCAUGAAUAUUAUAUUUUAAUAUAUUAGUAAGAAUUGAAAGUAUCUGUUACUUUCACUUUUUAAAUGUAUUUGAAGUUACACAACUGUGAAUUUGUAUUCUCCGCUACUUUUAUUAUUUCCACUAUUAAUAUUACUACUAUCACCCGCGUUAAGGCCAUUAUCAUUGUUGCUGUUAUGUAAAUGUGUAUUAUAGUUAUUAUGAUUAAGUUCAGACGUACAUCUUUUGGAAGGGUUAUCGACCUUUUUUAACUGAACGAAAAUGUGAAUUAUUUUUAUUGGCUAUAACUCGUAUUAAUGGCAAGGGGUGUUUCACUAUACGUAUUACUGAACCCUUUUGGGCACUUUGUGUAUGUAUCGUCUACUGAUGCUGCGCCUCUCCCAGGAUGAGAGAGAGUUUGUUUAGCGGAUACCGAAUCAGCAGUGCAAAGAUAAGGAAUACAGCUCACCUCCCACUCUAGAGACCGGUUUCUAAACUGUUCCAGGGAGGCAACAAAUGAAGUUAAGGUCUGGAAGAAUCUGAAGGGUGAGAAUCCUUCCCACAAGCUUCCGGUUACACAUUGAAUCUUAGUAAGUAUAAGUACUGCACAGGAUCUCACUGGUUUCCUUCGUUGAUGCCGUUAGUGUUUUUGUUAUUCUGAUUUAUAUUAUGAUGGUCAUU